AUGUCGCUAAACAAAAGCAUUUGUCGUCAUCCAUUGGCGUCUAAACGAUAUUUGAUGAUAUUCCGCCAUGAGGGUGAAGAGAUAUCAGAAAUGUUUGAAUUGCCUACACGAUAUGAGGCGUUAGCGCCUCUUGCGAAAGGGGCAUAUGGAUUUGUCUGUGCUGCGAGAGAUAAUGAAUUGGUAGAGAAAUUUCAAUUAGAUCCACCUGCUGGGUAUCAUGAUAGUGAACUCACAGGUAAGGAACGGGAGGAAAUGUAUGAUGAAUGUACAACUGUUGCGGUAAAGAAAUUACGAGAGUUGUUUGAACGUAAUCAACCACGAAUGUGGCUUUGUGCUUCUCGCGAGAUUCAAUUGAUGAUGGCAUUUAAACAUGAUAAUGUAAUGUCGGCAACAGAUUUCUUUAUUCCAUUAGGUGAAUGUGAGACCAUGACGUAUGAGUCUGUGGAUUAUCUUCGACGUACCUUUGAUAGUGUUUAUAUUGUAAUGAAGAAGAUGGAUUACACUUUACGUGAAGUGCUGGAAUCUACAGUAUUUCAUGUGGAGGACGAUAACAAUAACAAUAACAACGAUAACACAUUAUUAUCAUCGGAAAAGAAUAUACAUGAAGAAAAGAAAGAAGAAAAAGGAGAAGGAGAUGAGAAUAAUAAUAAUAGUGAUAAUAAUAAUGAUGAUAAUAGUGGUAUUUGUAUUAGUCAUUCUGGAGAAGAAACUCAAUUAAACACCGUAACAGAUUCUGUAGAUAGUAAUGAGGGAAACAAAUUAUAUAGUAGUAGAUGUUUACGAUGUCCAUAUACAGAUCUCGUCCUCCACCCUCUUUCUCGUGAAUACCGAAUGUUUAUACUUUAUCAAUUAUUACGAGGUGUGGGAUAUAUGCAUUUAUGUCCAGUUAUGCAUCGUGAUAUUAAACCAGAAAAUAUAAUGUUAGAUAGAAAUUAUAAUACAUGUGUGUGUGAUUUUGGUCAAGGUCGAGAUGCGGCGGUUUCUGAAAAGAAUGGAAUUCUUCAAACUUAUUUAGAUAACUGUACACAAUGGUAUGCCGCACCAGAGACAUUAACACUCACACAUUUACCAGCAUCUGUUGGAUUUGUAGAUCAAAUGAGUUUUCAUGGUGCUGAUGUUUGGUCUAUUGGAUGUAUUGCGGCAGAGAUGUUAAUGGGAAGACCACUGUUUUAUACGAAACAUCGUAGUGGAAUGGAUCAAUUACAAUCUAUUAUGCAAGUACUUGGGGAACUUUCAAAUGAGGAUGUAAAGAAUAUUUUACAAUAUAGAGAUCAGGAAACACGAAGGGUAUUUCAUGAUGUCUUAAUGGUGGAAAAGGAACGCUUUAUUGGAAAGACAUCCACAUUACGAAAUCUUCUUCAAAGUCCAUAUAAUGAUGUAGAUGAGGAGGAAAUUAAAUUAAUUGAAAAUUUUCUCUGUUAUAGUCCUAAUCGUCGAAUGACAAUUAAAGAAGCUCUUCAUAGUCCAUUCUUUAUGAAUGAAGGCUAUACACCAGUGAUUGAUCCAGAUGAUACCGCUACUAAAGUAAAUGCAGUGCAGGCAAGUGAUAUUGUAGGAGCAGUGAAGGGCCGUGAGUUUCUUUGGUCACUUUUUCUGGAAAGACACCCGGAGGUGCAGGAACUUAUUAGAGUCCUGCAGAGAAAGAGUGAGGAUAGGAGGAAUUAUAAUAAUAAAGAGGAGAAUUAA